AUGGUUCGCAAAGACCCCAUUUUCGAAGCUCGCACAAAUGUCAAACUCCACUCCAACCGACUAAAGAAAGAAGCUGUUCGCGCCGAAGCGACCUUCAAGUCUGAAAAAGCCAAAGCCGACAAGGCGAUGAAAAACCGCGAAUUCCAAAUCGCCCGCAUCCACGCCGCCUCCGCAGUCCGCGAAAAACGCCGCCAGGUCACCCUCAAAUCCGAAGCCGCCCGUGCAGAUGUUAUCAUCAAUGAAUUGAAAGCCGCCCAAUCCACCCGCGACACAUCCCGCACACUGGCCAUGGCCUCGCGCGGACUAGAUGCUGCCUCAAGAAGCGUGAAUCUCGAGCAUCUCGUGUCACAUGCGAAUAACUUCCUCGCUCGCUCGGAGGACUUCAAGAUUGCUAGUUCGGCUAUUGAGGACGUUGCGCAGGGUAUCUCUAUGCAGGAGUAUGGGGCUGAAGGGGAGACGGAGGUUGAUCGGCUUAUGGAGCAGUUGGCUGAUGAUGCGGGUGUUGACAUGAGACUGAAUCUGGAGGCUGAUGCUGCGCCUAAGGAGGAGGUUAAGCAGCCUGAACAACAAAAUGCUGAGGUUGAGGAUGGACUUGGAGCUCGGCUGAGGGCUUUGAGGGCUGCUAAUUGA